AUGAAAAAAGUGAGUGAACUCAGCACUCUGUGCGAUGUCAAAGCCUGUGCAAUCAUUUACAGCCCCUAUGACUCAAAACUAGAGGUUUGGCCUUCCCCUCUCGGAGCCCAACACGUGCUUGCUGACUUUAAGAGGAUGCCCGAGAUGGACCAAAGCAAGAAGAUGAUGAAUCAAGAGAGCAUCUUACGCCAAAGGAUCACCAAGUUACCUCAGCCUCAAGAGGCGACAGUCGUAAGAGUGAUGGAGGGUCAUAGGGAGACAUUCACUAAGAUCAAGGAGGAUCAUCCUGUGGAGAAGUUGCAACAACUACAGACUUGGUUAGUUGAUGGGAUGAACCUGCAAGCACAACAGCAACCUAAGUGA